GAAUCAGCUGGUUUCUGUCGAGCAUCACGGAAACCCUGACUCUCUGUGUAUAGCAUGCGAUCUAAUAUUCAUGAAAAUCCUCCUCAUCAUCCACCGAAAUGACGGCCUGUCCCGUGAAGGUACCGGGCUUGAUCUCAGCCUACUUGACAUCAUGGAAUCAUUUGAUGGGACCGCAGAUGUUAUUCUGUUGGCAAAUCGAAUGCUCCGAAACAAACACAGCCGUCGCCAAAGACUUGGGCGGCCACGCCAAGUGUCAGGACAGCCACUAUCUGAAGUGUCAUCAAUAUCUGGAGAACUCAGAAGCAUUCAUCCUGGAAAAUCGAGUACCGCAGUACAAUAAGUACCUGAAUGAAGCCAACGUGGAAGCUCCCUACACGGCGAACAUUGUUCAACUCAUGCAUGGAUAUCUUGAGCACUGCAGAUUACGAAAAGACCCGUGGCCUACCCGAACAGUGAUUCUCAUCGCAUCGGACAAAAAAGUCGUAGUGCACGGCGUGACGUUUACGCUACCUUCGAGCACAAAGUCUCUCGGAGUCUCGUUGGUAUUCGAUCUCGACUGCGUUUGGGAUCUGUACAACAUAAUCAACUUGACCGACACGACUCUCAUUCGGAUAGCUCAUAUCUGCAUGCAAGCCGGCGAUCAGUUUCUGCGAUGCAUCAACCAGGUCACAACCCUGCUCAAUAGAUAUUUUUCUCUGGCUGCUGAAGUGCUGGAAACGCGCUUCAUCGAUCGAAAGUCUUCCUCAGUAGCCCUUGCGAAAUGGUGCGCGAAAGAAGCAGAUCUCAUGAAAAAGCUGCUCCAAGCUCACUUCACCAACGGCGGCUACACGGCGCUCAUCGGUGGGAGCAAAGAGAACAUGCAGAGUCUCGUAGAGGCCAUGUGCGCCGUCCUCACUCACUGCGAGCUCAACCAAGCCGUGCUGACUCCUCAAUUAUCUUUCUAUCCCGGCCUGCAUCUUCAGAGCGUGAUGCGCGACACUGCCAACCCCUCGCCUGCCGUCAGCCAGCUGUCAACGAAGGAACUUUCGUUUUCACCCACUCCUUGCGUCAUUGUAGAUAUGGACAAUCCUCGGGUGCUCCGAUCACUCAUUUCAAUGGAUGCUAAAAGUCAAGUCCAGGCGAACAAGAAACUCAAGUCAGUCAAAGGUCCCAGUGGUGAUAGUGUCGUCGAGAAGUUCGUCUCGGAACUACAGAAAUUGGUCUCAGCUAAUGAAGCUCAAAUAGAAAUGGUCGUCCGGCGGUACAUCUCGUACUUCUGGGGUAAGGGAGCCAGUCUCGUAGCGAUGAUACGCAGGUCUAAAGCGCCUCUGACUCGUGAGCAAUGCGGGGCGUAUCUAAAUGUGUCGCCCACAAGUGAUCUGGACGUGAUCUUAGCCUUUGCUGAGAAAAUCCAACCCGGUUCGACGAAGUUACUCAAGUCUAAGGGAACCUCGUGAGAUUGAGCGAGUAGAACGGGAAUGCUUUCAUGUAUAUUGACUCGCUGACGAUCAAACGAUUCAGGAAUUCCCCCCCGAGAGGAUUCGGAAUUCGAGGAAUGCAUACUUUCUCGUCGCAGUAUUUUGCCGAAAGUAUUAGAGAAGACUCCGUCCCGAGGAGGCUAGGGGAACGGGACGGCCUAGAAGCGAGACACAAUAACAUUGGUGAUAAUGAAUAGCUUUCCUCUCAUAUCGUGGAGUAUCUACAUACAUCCCAGGGGGCGGCAAGUGAGAGCUUUGCGGCGUCCACGCCCUCCUUGGUCAAGCGCAGAUCUUUCAGUAGUCGCAUGAGUUUCCAAUAAACCAGCGAAAGUCCGAAAGGGUAUCGGAGUUUUUACGCAAUUUCGUGGAAAUCUAAUAAAUUG